AUGGCUCAGUGGGAGGAACGGAGGAUUUCAUCCCAAAUCGUGGAUAAUAAGAAUGCCGCACAGCAUAGCGGCAGGAACAGAAGUUCAUCCUCAGAAUCCGCGUGCUCCCAGUUGUGUUUGAGAGGCAGACGAGCAGUUGAUAUUGCCCUCGGUUUCUCCAGAACCGGCCAGCCUUCCACCGUCUCCCUUGGCCUAAAACCUAAAUCCAUCUUCUCAGGAGACUAUCUACCUUCUCGUCAACCACAUCAACUCCCACAUACUGUUAUUUCCAUCGCCCGCCUCGCUGAACAGGAAAUGCCGUCGGCGUUGAGCAAGCGCCAGCAGGCGCGCCACGAGCGGACUUUGCAGGAAUUGAUAAAUACCGUCCCUGGGAAUGACCGUUGUGCAGACUGUCAGGCGCGUAAUCCCGGAUGGGCAAGCUGGAAUCUCGGAGUUUUCCUCUGUAUGCGAUGUGCGGCACUGCACCGCAAGCUCGGCACGCAUAUAUCUAAGGUGAAGUCGUUGAGUAUGGAUAGCUGGUCUCAAGAUCAAGUGGAUACUAUGAAAAGCAAUGGCAAUGCAACAGUCAACAAAAUAUAUAACCCUAAAAACAUAAAACCGCCGAUUCCAAUCGAUGCCGACGAGGUCGAUUCAGCGAUGGAACGCUUCAUCCGCCAAAAGUACGAGUCUAAAAUUCUCGAAGAUGGAAGACCCAAAAUUCCAAGUAGAGAGGAUCCAAGCUAUAUCGGAAAGCCGACAGAGGAGUCUCCUCCCCCACUUCCGCCAAAGCCAAGCAGGAGAUUUGGAUUUGGCCUUCGAUCGUCCUCUUCUCACUCCGGGUCAAAUAAAUCUUCGCCUCGCCGUGAGUCGUUUGGCUCAAUCUCACAGGGUUCACUCCACAAUAAUAAGCCGUCUCGCGCACUUGGCUUCAGCCUCAGUGAUUCCAACAGCUCCUUUGAAUCGAAACUGGCCAUGUUGCGAAAUAUGGGGUUUCCUGACGAUAAGCGAAACGCAACCAUCCUUCGAGGCUUAAAUGGUGAUGUUGAAAAAACAGUGGACGCUUUGGCCCCUUUACCAAGGUCACGUACGCCAACAUUGAAAACUCCUACAAGCACCAAAUCCUCCGAGCCAUACGAGCGUUCCACCCCGCUUAACUCCAACAAUCCGUUCGAUAAAAUGGGCACUUCAUCGUCUCGAGGCUCCGCGGGAAUAUCCAUCAAUCGUCGAGAAUCCCAAAGUACAACAGCGAGCACGGAUGAGGUAAGCUCCAGGAAGCCAACUUCUUAUAAUCCAUUCGACGUUCCUCCGGCGCAACAUGCCCCUGCGCCGACUCUAGAGCAAUCCUUUCAAAACCUCCAAGUGUCUCAACCCUUGUUUCCCAACAUGACAGGAGGAUAUCCAAGCCAAAGUGGUCAAGCUGCGUAUCUUAAAUACCAACAGCCAAUGACGCCGCCAGUUACCAUGACGUCGCAAAACGUCUUUGCUGGAUCUCCUGCUCCCCUUAAUGGCAGUUACAAUCCAUUUUUCCAAAGCCCUUCGACAUUCGAUAGCGCUACCUCUGCACCUCAGCAACCCAGCCUAUCCCCAACAAACCCAUACUUUGCACAUGCAGCGUCACAAGACAGCCGCCAAUCCCAGCUCCUCAACUCACUACAGCCUGCUGCCACAAGCAGCGCACCAGAGAUAUUCCAUCUCCAGCAUGCCAACACCAUGCCAAUGCUUCCUACGCUUUCAUUUACCACACCCCAACAGCACCAUCAGCAGCAACACCCGCAAUUUCCACAAAGCGCACCAAUCACCCCUGUCCACUCUACCUCCUUUUUCCAACCACAGUACACACAACAACCAUCACAAUAUUUCCAACCACCACAACCAACUAGGAUGGACAAGUCCAGCAUCCUCGCUCUGUACAACUUUUCAAAACCGCCUCCAACAAUCCUCGAGCAGCCUCAGCCGCAAACACAGCCCGAACCGCCUUCUUCCCAGGUGCAAGCAGUCCAACAACCGGUAAACCCGCUCCCUUUUCCCCCAGACAAUCCAACUGCCACGACAUCUCAGAUUCCCGAUGCGUCUCCCGCUGGUAGUCGCAAUCCCUUCUUUACAUCCAUGAACACCAAUAUCAUUCCAACCAACCCUUCGUCUGCAACCAGCGCGAGAGCGCAACCAAGGAGCACGCCCUUUGCUCGAGCACAUAUGAGCCAGGAGAGUGUGGACAUUGGCCGUGCCCAGAGUGGACGCCAUAGCCCUGAUGUGUUUGCUAGUUUAAGCGCAAGAUACGGAUGA